AUGUUUUUUUUAGCAGUUGGUUUCUUUAUGGGAUUACCCCUAGGAUUUUAUUUUAGAGAACAUAACUUAUAACCACCAGUUGCUAUUAAUAUGGAAUCAAUCAAAAAGGCUUUUGAGAUAUUUGCAGAAAAGGAAGACAAAGAUGAUGAUUGA